GACACGGCCACGAGCUCGGGGCCAACCCAACCACCUCCCCAAUCUCUCCAACCCUUCACCAACCUCCAACCCCCUCUCCCCCCAACAGAAGACCUCACCCUGGACCCCGACUCCGCCAACCACCUGCUGAUCCUCUCGGCCGACCUCAAGAGCGUCCGCAUGGGCUGCCGGAAGCAGGAGCUGCCCGACAACCCCAAGCGCUUCGACACCAACUCGCGCGUCCUCGCCUCGCGCGGCUUCCGCUCGGGCCGCCACUACUGGGAGGUGGAGGUGGGGCCCUCGGACGGUUGGGCCUUCGGGGUGGCCCUGGAGUCGGUCAGGAGGAAAGGGUUGACCCAGUUCUCCCCCGAGGAAGGGAUCUGGGCCGUGCAGCAGAACGGGGGACGUUACUGGGCCGUGACGUCGCCGCAGCGGACGCCGCUGAGCCCCGGCAAGAAGCUGGGCAGGGUGAGGGUCUACCUGGACUACGAGGGGGAGGAGGUGUCGUUCUACGACGCCGAGAGCAUGGAGCACAUCUUCACCUUCCACGUGGCCUUCAGGGAGAGGGUGUUCCCGCUCUUCUCCGUCUGCUCCACCGUCACCUACAUCAAGUUGUGUCCCUGAGGGACCCCGACUGGAUCCCGGGAAUGAGCUGGUGGAGCCUGGUUUUG